CAAAAUUCCGUUUUGAAGUUUUUACAGUUAUUGGUAGACGAUCCCUAAAUUUUAAUCUGAGACAGACCUAAGAACAGAAAAAAAAAAAAAACCACAGAAUUUUAAAAGACAAAAGCGGACACUUUUUUUUUUUUUUUUUUUUUUUUUUUAUCUAGCUACCAGGUAACAAGUUGGAGCGUGCGUUAGCUGUUGACAUGGAGUGGUAUUUUUUUACGUUUCAAUUUUAAACCGGAAAUAUAGUUUUUAUGUUUUGACUAGACCAGUUAAACUUGUGAAUGUGUUGAGAACUGAAAAAGGGAAAUAUUUAAAGAGACACCGGAGAUUCGUUAGCGCGUGAGGGAAAACCAGUUUACAUCUGUUUUUUUUUUUUUUGUUUUUUUUUUUUUUUUAAGUGAAUAGAAGAUGCCCUCAAGAAAUUGGCACAAAGAAGAUUCUCUAUCCUAUAACGUGCUGUAAAACUAAACUUAAAUGCUGAACCAUAAUGAAGAAAAAUUACAUGACGUACGAAUUCAGUCUAGUUGUUUUAAAAACAACGAAUGCCAAAGGGAAGGUGAAGAAGAACAUUUCUUUCAUGGGUUGCAAAAGUCUUGCUUUUUCUUUAGUAGUUAAAAACUGCAUACUCACACGGUCUUGCUAAGUCGUGACUUGCUUUAAAAAAAAAGUUGAAUGGAGCAUUGAUUCGAGAAAAGAAAACGCUAUUCACGAGCUGGGGACAGCUAUAAACUUGGCUUUGUGGGUGUUAUUGUAUAUGUAAAAUACAUUAAAAAUGGUGGAAAAGCGGUGUUUGGUGCAAAGGGAAGGUGUAUACCGAUGGUUCUCCGAGUUAAACUCCGCUCAGAGGGUCGAAUUCCUUUGCGGGCUGCUCGACCUCUGUGUGCCCAUAGAGCUACGGUUUCUGGGCUGCUCCUUGGAGGAUUUGGCUAGAAAGGACUACCACUCGCUCCGUGAUGCCGAGAUCAAGGCUAACAACGCCGCCGACCUGGCCACCCUGACCAACAUAACGGACGAGGUGGUACGGAGCAAAUUGUUGAUCGCCCUGGCACUGCUCAAUUCUGACAACCGGGAGGCAGCCGGGGUCCUUUUCAGAACUCUCACACACAUCGACUCAAUAAUCAACAACUACGGGCUUCAGCUCAACGACGGGCAAACCGGGGACCAGUUUUUGCUUCUCUUCACCAUGGCUUCGAAUCACCCGGCCUUUAGUUUCCAUCAGAAACAAGUGCUGAGGCAGGAGCUGACUCAGAUACAAAGCAUUGUAAACACGACGUGCAAUAACGCCAACCUUACUACCACGAACACAGUUACUGUCACAACUUUUACCACCAGCACGACAUUUAGCUCUUGUACUGAUUUUCAUUGCUGCCACAAGGUCUCGCAUAGGGAUGAGAGAGCGAUGAGUGGGGACAGUGUGAACAGCUUAGAAAACUCACUCCAGGCCUCGGCACAUUCUUCGGAGGAGUCGGCACUCACAGGGCCUGCAGGGAAACACACCAGAGCAAGCAUUGAGAAAAUAGAACUAAAAGGAUUACCGAACAAAAAGAGUGAAAAAGCAACAGACUGUUCCUUUGAGGUUUCCCAGCUGUUCCCAGAUGAAGCUGUAGGGAAGUUCAUUCAACUCACAGAUGAUCUCGACUCUGCUUACCAGGAGGAGAGGAACCACACAGGCCUGGAGCCGGACCCUAGAUACCUGGCCUCUCUUCCUUCCCAUGUGUUGAAAAACGACCAAGACAAGCAAUUCUUCAGCCCUUUUUCAGUCACUCAAAGUGUUCAAAACUUGCAUCCUGUCUGUACCUCUCAACACAAAGUCACCCCCAGUAGUGCAGUAAGGCCAGUUUGUGGUGUAGCCAGCAUACAGUCCACACAUUGCAGCAGCAGCAGCAGCACACUGCAGUCUUCUUCUUACUCCUUCACCGCACCUUUUCCUCCCUCCCUGACCGCUGAGAAUGUAUCCGCCUUGAUGAUUACAUCAAGCACGACUUCCCCAGUCUUGCAGCCAAGCCAGGAACAGAAUGGGAUUCUCGACUGGCUUCGCAAACUGCGCUUGCACAAGUACUACCCCGUGUUCAAACAGCUCACCAUGGAAAAGUUUUUGGCACUCACAGAAGAAGACCUAAAUAAAUAUGAUCUCACCCAAGGAGCAAAAAAAAAAUUAAAAACCCAGCUGGAACUUCAAAAAGAGAAAGCUGAGAAGUACUGCUUGUUGACCCCUUUUCAAGUGCCAAGCAGCAGUGUGGCAAGGGUACCACCCACCAGUCAUGUAGGCCCGGUUCAGCCAAUUCAAACCAGCACUGGUACAGAGCUGCGAGUGGAGGUGGAGCCGGGUCCUCACCCCUUCCCCAGGGACAGCAGCUCCUCCUCAGGGUACUCAAACUCUCCCUCCAGCCCCAUAGGGAUCCAGACCCGAGAUGAGACCUUUCAGAUCCCGGAGGACAGGAGCAGAUGUAGAGAGCCGGGGUUGGAGUGUCCUGACAACGAAAAGCCAGCUGUGCUGCCAAAUCACUUCAUAGCAGCCUGCGCCGCAAGACCCACCGCUCAGGUCCUGCCAGUCCAGAAUGACACUAGUACAAACUCCCCCCCCCACCACCACUCUGUGCCAGUCCCAGUGCCAGUCCUGCCAACCCUCUCCUCUAGCACCCCCCCAAGCCGCAUGCUCAGCGCUAUCCGCAAAGCAGAGAGGGGUGGCUCCCGGCUGCCCCUGUCCCCUGUCCUCUCCCCUCUCUAUCUGGAGGAGAGAAUGAAAACCUUGCAGGUCUCCUCUGGGCCUGGCAGCAGCAUUAAAAUUGAGAAGAGGUUCCCUAGUGUCAACUUCGAGAUGUCCCCCAUGGAAAACAGCGCAGUGCCGGCAGGUCUUGUGAACUUCGGGAGACGGACCAAAAUCGGGAUGGACGUGGAUCCCAGACCGGCAAAGCAGCCGGGAUUGAUCAUUGAGACCAGUACAGGUACCACCGCCACAUCCAACACAGUCUAUCAUGUGUCCCACCCACCUCUUAAACUUCAGGUUUCUCCUUCACUCCCUGCAAAUGCCAGCCUGACAGGACCCACGGUCUACACGAGCGGCAUGCCCAUCAAGAGUGUCCCUCCAGCUGUCAUUAACCCACGGACACUACCUUACUCAGCAAACACCAAAGCUGCCUUUUCUGCAGUGACCAGUGUGCCCAUGGCCGCUGUUCCUGGCACUUACUGUGUCAACAGUGGCGCCAGCCCUUCCAACAGCCAUGCACCUGGCUCCAGUCCCACCCUCUCCUCCAUUGCAGAGAACAGCAGCACAGGCUCAGGGAUUUCAAACCAGAACUCGCAGCAGCAGCAAGGAUGCGUGUGCAGCUCGUGUGGCUGCAAUGGGAACUGUGGCUCAUACAGUGCCAUGCCAGCCAAUUAUGCUAGCUGCUUCCAACACCCGUUUUCAGGGCCCUCCAUGAUUACCUUACCGUUUUUGCACUUCAGCCCGCUGUGCAAUAAUGGCUACAUCAGCCCUCCACAGUACAGCACCACUACCGGCUUCUCCUACCCCAUGGUCCCCCCGCCCAUGUACAACAGCAGCUUGACUCCAAAUUCCAUGCUGAGCAGCCAGUCUGGCUUUGUCAUGCCUCCAAUGCAGAAUUUCAUCGCAGGGGCAGCAGGGGUGUACCAGGCCCAAGGGAUGACUGGUGGCACCAGUGGGGCGGGACAAAAGAAGAAUGGGAAUGUUUCGUGUUACAACUGCGGCGUCAGCGGACACCGAGCUCAGGACUGCAAGCAGCCUUCGAUGGAUUUGAAUCAGCAAGGUACCUUUAGGUUGAAGUAUGCACCUGCUCCUGAAAAUGUGGACUCUGCAGAUUAGUAUUACCAAGUGAAAGAUUAAAAACACAAUGGAGCAUGCAGACAAACUGCUGCUGAUGCUAAAGUGUCUUACCAUGUCAUUCUCCAAAGGUGCUCUUAUUGUGGGAAUAAACAACUCUUGAUAUGCACUAGUUCUACCUUGUUUGAAGAUAAGGGAGGAUUUGUCAAGAAAUCAUGGAAUCAAUGGGGUUUCCUUUCAUAAUACUACAAACUGCAGGACUGAAAAUGUAUAACUUCAGAACAAAAUAAAAGUCAGCUAAUCCGGUGGCUUGUGGGUUGACCCAGCACUACGUUGGAAAACUAACUGGACAAUAACUUUUACAAAAACACACUUUCUAGCAACACAACAUGAAACAUGUAUGGACAGAAAAUAAUGUAACGUAUGCCUACCAGGCUGUUAAUCUUGGACCAAAAAUGACCACCGACUAAGCCUUCAACUUUGCACUUCCCAGGAAGCCAUUUGAAUGGGAAAAAAAUGGACAAAUCUUUAGGUUAAAUCAAAUACAUAAAAAAUGUAUGCAGUUUUAUAUAAAGACAAAUGACGUAUUCAUGGACAUAUUAGAAAAAAAAAAAAAAAAAAAAAAGUGUGAUCAUAGUGAUGCCAGGUGCAGAUUGCCUGGAUUAAAUGGUUCUCUAUUUGAACUCGCAACCAUUAAAAAAAAAAACCAAAAAAAAAAACCCACAAACUCUUCCCGAAAGGCAGACAGCUGGGUCGUUGGUAGAAUAAACCUGAAAAUCCAGGAUAGCUGGGAAGAAAUGACAAGUUGAGGACUGCUUUGCAAGAUAUGGAUUUCUCUCACCACCCACCCCUACUGGAAAGCCAAUGCUUCUGAUUGUGUCUUCUAACCAGCAUCUACUCAGGAACUACCAGGAUUGUGGAGUUGAGUGUUGUAGUGAUGGCAGAAGACACUGCAGAGUGAGGACGGGAAUACUCAGAAUGUGGAUUGUUACAAAUCAAUCAUGCUGAUAGUCUGAGCUACAGUCCAGCUAGUUUUACUUUGAAGAUACAAGCUUCAGCUCUUGUGUGCAGCAGAUAUCAAUACAGAAGACAUUGUUUGUCUUUCGGUUCAACGUCUGCUCAGCGUAAACUCCACCUGGUUCAGUAGGCCAAGCUAAAAACUUUGGGGGUUAUUUAUAAAACUGGGUAAAUCUUCGUUAAUAAACGUAAACGGACAAAUCA